UGUGGGAGUUGUAGAGGACAUAUCAGUGCAUGGGCUCAAAUCGCAAAGCGCACUUAUAUGGGCCGAGGCUCGGCCCAUUAAGAAAAUCAAUCCCAAAGUAAAAGAAAAUCUCGGCCCAAGAAGCACCGUCUCUUCCGUCUGUUCCACCGGGAAGAAGCAGAAGACCAUCGCCAUUGUCGGAAGCUUGACGUUGGAUUCUGGGAUCGGUCAAAAAAUGAGGAUGCCGCGCAGUGUUGCGUCAGCUGCGAGCUGCCUGGCACUGGCUGUGAUCUUAGCUUCUGCGUCUGGCGCCGUGUCUCUAGAACCUGAGCUCGGAUCAGCUCGUGUCGUCUUCCAGACUAACUAUGGGGAUAUUGAAUUUGGUUUCUACCCGGAUGUUGCCCCAAAGACAGUCAGUCACAUAUUCAAGCUCGUCCGUCUUGGGUGCUAUAACACAAACCACUUUUUCCGGGUAGAUAAGGGAUUUGUCGCGCAAGUGGCUGAUGUUGUAGGUGGAAGAACCGCUCCUAUGAAUGAUGAGCAAAGACUAGAAGCUGAGAAAACUAUUGUUGGUGAAUUCAGUGAAGUCAAGCAUGUCAGGGGAAUUCUGUCCAUGGGGAGAUACGAUGACCCAGACAGUGCACAAUCCUCUUUCUCAAUACUUCUUGGUGAUGCCCCUCAUCUUGAUGGGAAGUAUGCAAUAUUUGGAAAAGUCACCAAAGGAGACGAGACGCUGAAAAAACUCGAGCAGCUCCCUACUCGUCGUGAAGGGAUCUUUGUGAUGCCCAAAGAGCGCAUCACAAUUCUUUCAUCAUAUUAUUAUGAUACGAAGAUGGAGGAUUGUCAACAAGAAAACUCGUCCUUGAGACGGAGGCUUGCUGCUUCAGCUAUUGAGAUCGAGAGACAGAGAAUGAAAUGCUUCCCCUGAUCAAUGACAUCUAAAACCUGAACGAACAAGAAGAGAAGCUUUGCUCGCUACUCUGUACAAUAUUCAGACAAUGCAAUGUUUACACAAGCUUAACUCGGAGAAGUUGUAGCUUACAUGUAAAAGUUGUAACUGUUUUUACAUGGCUAUGAGUUUGGAAGAAGAAUUUAAGACGGGUGGUUGUUUUUGAAUUCUGAAACGACAGGAAGGCCCUACAGCAAUUAUAGACUGAAGGGACAUAGACAUAAUUUAAGAGGCAUGGGCCUUCCAUGUGUUCCUCAUGUCCCCAUGCAGAACAUGGCAUUUCCAUGUCUGCUGUUACUCGAACCGAACUUCAUCUCGUCAUCUGAUGAUGUGGAUGUGGGCCCCGGUGCCCGGGGUUGGAUAUUUUGUUCAAGGCUUUCGAAAUCUGUAUUUGUCAUGGCAAUUAUUGAAUCUUAUAAUAGAAUUGCAAUGUUGAACGGCA